AUGUCGAUUAUUCGAGAUCAAGCGGCCAGCGCACUGGACCAGUACAUCAAAGAAGUCAGGAAUCGCAACUAUGGCGAAGACCAACGAAAGCGCGCUGCGCGCCAGAUCAGGGACCUGGUCAACAUCGCGAAGCAAGAAAUUGGCACCGAACAAUUCCAACGAUUCUUUGACACGGUGAACCAAAGGACCAUGUCUUUGAUUCAAGGCACGGACACUUACGAUCGAAUGGGUGGAGUUUACAUCCUCGAUGCCCUCGUCGAUUUCGAAGGAAUUGAACCCGCCUUGAAGUACAGUCGUUUCCAACAGUAUAUCGGGACAAUUCUACGCGGAAAGGACCUCAAUCCCAUGCAACCCGCGGCAGUGGUACUCGGAAAGAUGUGCAAACCCGGCGGUUCGCUCAUUUCGGAGUUAGUUGACGCUGAGAUGCACACCGCUCUGGAAUGGCUGCAAUCGGACCGCGUCGAGGAACGACGCUACAGCGCCGUCUUAGUCCUCCGCGAAUUGGCGAGGAACGCGCCCACCCUGAUGUAUCCGUAUGUCAGCUUCGUCUUCGACCAAAUCUGGAUCGGUCUGCGAGAUCCCCGGCACCUCAUCCGAGCAACAUCAAGCGAAACUGUUAGCGCCUGCUUCAAGAUCAUUCGAGAGCGUGACCAGGAAAUGAAGCAGGAGUGGAUGGACAAGAUGUUUACAGAGACGGUCAAAGGCUUGAAGACGAACACAGUUGAGUACAUCCACGCAUCGCUACUCGUCCUCAAGGAGCUGCUCGAGCAAGGAGGCAUGUAUAUGCAAAAUCACUACCAAGAUGCCUGCGAGAUUGUCUUCCGCCACAAAGAUGCGCGCGACCCCGCUAUCCGCAAGACGGUCGUUUUCCUGAUCCCCGACCUGGCCAACUAUGCACCCACCGAGUUCGGCGCGACUUACCUGCACAAGUUCAUGGUUUACCUAUCCGGCAUGCUGAAGAAGGAAAAGGAACGAAACGACGCGUUUCUUGCUAUCGGCAACAUCGCCAAUUCCGUUAAAAGCUCCAUUGCGCCAUACCUGGAUGGUGUCCUGAUUUAUGUGCGCGAAGGGUUGAGUGUGCAGUCUCGGAAAAGGGGUUCGGUAGAUCCCGUGUUUGACUGCAUCAGCAGGCUAGCAGUGGCGGUUGGCCAGACGCUUAGCAAGUAUAUGGAGGCGCUGCUGGAUCCCAUCUUCGCCUGCGAACUGACGCCAAAGCUGACCCAGGCCUUGGUCGACAUGGCCUUCUACAUCCCACCCGUCAAAGGCACCAUUCAGGAGCGCCUGCUCAACAUGCUCAGCAGGGUACUAUGUGGCGAGCCCUUCCGGCCACUUGGGGCUCCUCAUCCAAACCCGCUCUCUUCUCUGCCACCGAUCCCCAAAGACCCCAAGGAUCCGUCAGUCCAUGAACGUGGGAAGGCCGAGGUGAAGCUUGCGCUGAACACACUCGGGAGUUUUGACUUUUCAGGCCACAUCUUGAACGAGUUCGUCCGCGACGUUGCGAUCAAAUAUGUCGAGGACGAUGAUCCCGAGAUCCGAGAGGCUGCUGCCCUCACCUGCUGCCAGCUUUACGUCCGCGACCCUAUCGUCAAUCAGACCAGCUAUCAUGCCUUGCAGGUUGUCGCUGAUGUCGUGGAGAAACUCUUGACCGUGGGUGUUUCGGACCCCGAGCCCAAAAUCCGACAGACAGUUCUUGCUGCUCUAGACGAGCGAUUCGACCAGCAUCUCGCUAAAGCAGAGAACAUCCGUACCAUGUUCUUCGCCCUCCAUGAUGAGCAAUUUGCUGUGAGAGAAGUCGCAGUCUCGAUCAUCGGUCGCUUGGCGCGCCAUAAUCCAGCAUAUGUCAUCCCCCAGCUACGCAAGACGAUCAUCCAAAUGUUAACCGAGUUGGAAUACACGGAUGUUGCCAGAAGCAAGGAGGAGAGUUCGAAGCUGCUCAGCCUCCUAACGCAACACGCCCAGGAUCUGGUCAAGCCCUAUGUCAGCGCGAUCACCGAAGUCCUCUUGCCAAAGGCUUCCGAUCCGACCCCGUCCGUGGCGGCUACAAUCCUGCGGGCCAUCGGCGAGCUUUGCACCGUUGGCGGCGCAGAGAUGCUUGCCUACAAGGACACACUGAUGCCCAUCGUUAUUGACGCAUUGCAGGACCAGAGCGCACCCAUUAAACGAGAAGCGGCCCUUCAUACCCUCGGCCAACUCGCCAGCAAUGCUGGGUAUGUCAUCAAGCCCUACCUCGAAUACCCGCAGCUUCUCGAGAUCUUACAAUCCAUUAUCCGAGGCGAACCACAGCAUGGCCCACUACGGCAGGAAACAAUCAAGCUCAUGGGCAUACUGGGGGCGCUGGAUCCGUAUAAGCACCAGGUCGAAGAGCGAGCGCCACAGACCCAACGGCGGCCGGAAGCGACACAAUUGACGGAUGUGUCCCUCAUGAUGGGCGGUCUCACUCCGUCGCAGGAGGACUACUACCCCACGGUCGUCAUCAACGCCCUGCUGCAGAUCUUAAAAGACCAGUCUCUACUGCAGUGGCAUGGUAAUGUCGUGGAUGCCAUCAUGAGCAUCUUCAUUACCCUCGGGCUCAAGUGUGUCCAAUUCCUCGACAGAGUGGUGCCCGCCUUCAUUGCCGUCAUCAAGGCAUCGAGCCCCACGAGGCUUGAUUACUACUUUAACCAUUUGAGCAGGCUUGUCGGUAUUGUGCGGCAACAUAUCCGCGUCUACCUUCCGGACAUCAUUGAAGUGCUGCAGGAAUUCUGGAACUCGACCGCCUCGCUGCAGACGACCAUCAUGGCGCUCAUUGAAUCAAUUGCUCGAUCUCUCGAGGGCGAGUUCAAGAUUUACCUCGCGAGCUUGCUCCCUUUGAUGCUUGGCGUCUUGGAACGGGACACGAGCACAAAGCGCCAGCCAACCGAAAAGAUCUUUCACGCCUUCCUAGUUUUCGGAUCCAGCGCAGAAGAAUACAUGCACCUCAUCAUCCCCAUUCUUGUUCGCCUGUUCGAUAACCCGGCACAACCCAUGUUUCUACGCAAGUCGUCAAUCGAGACAAUCGGAAAGCUCUCCAGCAUGGUUAACCUCAACGACUACGCUUCCAAAGUCAUUCACCCCUUGACUAGGGUACUCGCCGGCCAGGAGCCGAGUCUCCGGGUAGCCGCCCUCGACACCCUGUGUGCCCUCAUGCUGCAGCUAGGCCGUGACUAUCUGCAUUUUGAGCACACAGUUGAGAAGACCAUCACCAUGUACGGUAUUCAGCACUCCAAUUACGACAAGGCUGUAGAGAAGCUCAAGAAAGGCGAGGCGCUCCCCCAAAACCUAGCACCUCGAUUUGAGGACAACUCCGUAGAGGCCUACUCGUCUGAGAACAACCCGCCCAAGAAGCUGGACUUGAAUCCCGUCCACUUGAAACAGGCCUGGGAGACAAAAGGCAAAGCCACCAAGGAUGAUUGGCAUGAGUGGUUCCGCAAGUUCAGCACGACUCUUCUCUCUGAGUCGCCCAAUCACUCUCUUCGAGCCUGUGCUAGCUUGGCAAGCAACUACCAGCCUCUAGCCCGGGAGCUUUUCAAUUCCGCCUUCGUCUCUUGCUGGAGUGAACUCUAUGAUUCGUAUCAGGAGGAGCUGAUUACAAACAUUGAGAACACGAUUAAAUCCGAGAACGUGCCUCCGGAUCUUCUCGGCCAGCUCUUGAACCUCGCAGAAUUCAUGGAACACGACGACAAGGCACUCCCGAUUGAUAUCCGCAUUUUAGGGCGUGAAGCGGCAAGAUGCCAUGCCUAUGCUAAGGCCCUCCAUUAUAAGGAACUUGAGUUUCUCCAGGACCACAAUAGUCAUGCCGUAGAAGCUCUCAUCAUGAUCAACAAUCAGCUGCAGCAAUCGGAUGCCGCCAUUGGUAUACUUCGCAAGGUGAAGGCCUAUAAGGAUGGCAUUCAACUACGAGAGAGCUGGUUUGAGAAGCUCGAGCGCUGGGACGAGGCACUCAACUUUUACUGCCAGAGAGAGCGUGAGCUUCCGGAGGACCAGCCGACACCCGUUGACAUAGUCAUGGGGAAGAUGCGUUGUUAUCACGCAUUGGGUGAAUGGGAAUCGCUAGCGUCUCUAGCCGGCAAGACUUGGACCAACUCGGGGCCGGAAAUCCAACGAAGAAUCGCCCCAUUAGCAACCACGGCGGCGUGGGGCCUUGGGAAGUGGGACUCGAUGGACACCUACUUACAGUCGAUGAAACGAUUCUCACCCGACCGCGCCUUCUUCGGUGCCAUCCUCGCCCUCCACAGGAACCAAUUUCGGGAAGCUUUGGGUUGCAUCGAGCAGGCCCGUGAGGGUCUCGAUACAGAGCUCAGCGCACUCGUCAGCGAAUCUUACAAUCGUGCGUACCAGGUUGUUGUGAGGGUUCAGAUGCUUGCCGAGCUGGAAGAACUCAUCGUUUACAAACAAUGCGGGCCCGAGAAGCGCGCCACCUUGCGGGCGACCUGGGAGACCCGUCUCAAGGGUUGCCAGCGCAACGUCGAAGUGUGGCAACGGAUGCUUCGACUAAGAUCUCUUGUGCUCACUCCGCAAGAGAACAUGCACAUGUGGACGAAAUUCGCCAACUUAUGCCGCAAGUCCGGCCGCAUGGGCCUAGCAGAGUGGUCACUAAAACAGCUCAUUGACACCGAUGCGCCGUUAGAGUCGGUCAUCCCUUACUGGUCUGAGGAGCCCCCGGCGCCAGGGAUUGAACGCAUCGCAUCCCCGGUUGUUUAUGCGGUCCUGAAGUUCCAGUGGGAGCUCGGCCAACAGCCGGGUGCUAGAAGCUCUGACCGUGGCAUCGCCGAGCGGACCCUCUACUGCCUUCACAAGUUCACGGAGGACACCGCUCAUCAGGUGGAGAACGCGAGACUCCAGUUGAAUGCCUCCGCACAGGCUGCAAACGCCAUACCUGACGGCUCGAAUCACCCAAGGUACAACGAUCCGGAUGAGAACAUGGUCGGCCCAGACGCGCAGCGCCACUGGCUAGAGCAGACCGUGCUUCUCGCAAAGUGCUAUCUUCGCCAAGGUGACUGGAUGAUCACGCUUGACAAGAAUGACUGGCAGCAAGCUCACCGGCAGGAUAUCCUGACGUGCUACUCCAAGGCGACCCACUACCACCCCCGAUGGUACAAGGCGUGGCACGCCUGGGCUCUCGCCAACUUUGAGGUUGUCCAAGCUUUGGCUUCUAACAAGGAGCUGGAGGGGCGGGUGGACCAUAGCAUUGUUGUCCAUCACGUCGUCCCCGCAGUACAGGGUUUCUUCGAGUCCAUCGCCCUGUCGUCUGGCAGUUCCUUGCAGGAUACCCUACGCUUGCUGACUCUGUGGCUAACCUACGGCGGUUACCAAGAAGUCAUCGCCGCAGUUACGGACGGCUUCGCGCACGUCAGCGUCGACACCUGGCUUGAAGUCAUUCCGCAGCUCAUCGCCCGGAUUAACCAGCCAAACAGGCGAGUUCAGAACUCGAUUCACGCCCUCCUGUCGGACAUUGGACGCGCGCAUCCGCAGGCGCUGGUGUACCCGCUUACCGUCGCUAUGAAGUCGCGCCAGAGCACGCGGCGUUCUAAGACGGCCAGUCUCAUCAUGGAGAGCAUGCGUCAGCACAGCCCCAAACUCGUGGAGCAAGCGGACAUCGUGAGCCGUGAGCUCAUUAGGGUCGCAGUCCUGUGGCAUGAGCUUUGGCAUGAGGGCCUAGAGGAAGCUUCUCGCUUGUACUUCGGUGACCACAACAUCCAAGGCAUGUUCGAUGUCUUGGAGCCCCUUCAUGAUCUGCUCGAGAAGGGCCCGGUGACGCUGCGGGAGAUUUCCUUCACCCAGACUUUCGGUAGAGACCUUAGUGAGGCGCGCGAAUGGUGCCGCCAGUACCGGCACUCCCAAGAUGUGAACGACAUCAGCCAAGCCUGGGAUCUAUAUUAUCAAGUCUUCCGACGCAUCAGUCGGCAGCUACCUCAGAUGACCAGCCUCGAGCUAACGUACUGCUCGCCGGAUCUCCUUCAAGCCCGGGACCUCGAGCUCGCGGUGCCUGGUACCUACCGUAGUGGUCAGCCAAUUGUGAGGAUUGCCGGUUUCGAAGGCACCUCCAGCGUCAUCAGCUCCAAGCAACGUCCAAGAAAGCUCGAAAUGUUUGGAAGCGAUGGCAAAACCUACAUGUUCCUGCUCAAGGGUCACGAAGACAUCCGACAAGACGAGCGGGUCAUGCAGCUUUUCGGCCUAUGCAACACACUUCUCGCCAACGACUCUGAGUCCUACAAGCGUCAUCUCAAUAUCCAACGCUACCCGGCAAUUCCUCUUUCCCAGAACUCGGGCCUUCUCGGAUGGGUACCCAACAGCGACACGGUCCACCAUCUCAUCCGGGAGUACCGCGAGUCCCGAAAGAUACUUCUCAACAUUGAGCACCGCAUCAUGCUGCAGAUGGCCCCCGACUAUGACAACCUCACGCUCAUGCAAAAGGUCGAGGUGUUUGGCUAUGCGCUUGACAACACGACCGGCCAGGACUUAUAUCGCGUUCUUUGGUUGAAGAGCAAGAGUUCUGAAGCAUGGCUGGACCGACGGACCAACUACACUCGGUCGCUCGGUGUCAUGUCCAUGGUCGGGUAUAUUCUAGGCCUAGGAGACAGGCACCCAAGUAACUUGAUGCUUGACCGGAUCACCGGCAAGAUCAUUCACAUUGACUUUGGCGACUGCUUCGAGGUCGCGAUGAAACGCGAGAAGUACCCCGAGCGGGUGCCGUUCCGGCUCACCCGCAUGCUUACCUACGCCAUGGAGGUUAGCAACAUUGAAGGCAGUUUCCGCACGACGUGCGAACAUGUGAUGAGGGUCCUGCGGGACAACAAGGAGAGUGUCAUGGCUGUGUUGGAGGCUUUCAUCCACGACCCGCUUCUCACCUGGCGGCUUACGAAUCCUGCCAGCCCCCCCGGGCCAAACUUUAACUCUGAACGUGAACAAGCCAUUGCCGGACCACAAGGAGCACGCGCACGCCGGCCGUCGGUUCUGGAUGGUCCUGUGGCUCCGACUGAAUUCCUCGCCGCCCAAGGCAUCGGGCCCGAAGGCAUGAUGGGCGCGCCGCCAGGUGCCCGCGGCCGCGCCCGAACCAACUCGUCAGCCGCCGUGCCAGGUAGCGUAGCGGGUGGCAAUGGCGCAACGGAGAUUGCCGAAGUGCAAAAUGCGCGAGCCGUCGAGGUGCUGGAUCGCGUUGCGCAGAAGCUCACCGGUCGCGAUUUCCGCCCGGCGGAGGAACUAACGGUGAACGAACAAGUCAACAAGCUCAUCAUUGAGGCGACGAAGCUAGAGAACCUUUGCCAGCACUAUAUCGGUUGGUGUAGUUUCUGGUGA